AACGUAAACCACACAUAGUGCCGUAAAAGAAGAUGCCUUCACGUGGAUUCCAGUGGCAGUAAAAGUUUGUGUUUUGGAAUAAAAACGGCAAAAUGACGCAGCUAGACGGUGUAACAAAACCUAAAAAUAAGCGCUCCAAGCGCUUCCUGGAGAGCAGAGCACCCAAACUGUUGGAAGACAUGAAGAGCGCUAUGAUCAUGAAGGGUGGGAACACGAGUCAGACCGUCACUCAGGCCCUGAAGGACUUGUAUUUACUGAAAAAGCCGAACGCUGUACUAUACAAGAAGAAGAACAUAACUCGUCCAUUUGAGAACUCCACGUCACUGGAAUUUUUCUCCAAGAAGUCAGACUGCUCCCUGUUUCUGUUUGGCUCCCACAACAAGAAACGACCCAACAACCUUAUAUUUGGUCGUCUCUUUGAUUUCCACGUGCUCGAUAUGAUUGAACUGGGAAUUGAGAAAUACGUUUCACUGGCAGAAAUAAAGGUCACUAAAUGUCCUGAGGGAACUAAACCCAUGCUGGUGUUUGCUGGUGAAGCUUUUAAUGCAGACGAGGAGCAUAGACGUCUGAAGAGUUUGCUCAUAGACUUCUUCAGAGGUCCCACGGUGUCUGCAGUGCGCCUGGCGGGUUUGGAACACGUUCUGCACUUCACAGCGUUGGACGGUAAAAUCUACAUGCGUAGCUACAGGUGUCUGUUGAAGAAGUCUGGCUGCCGGACGCCGCGGAUCGAACUGGAAGAGAUGGGGCCGUCUUUCGACUUCGUGAUAAGGCGGACACACCUGGCUUCAGACGACCUCUACAAGACGGCUCAUAAACAGCCCAAAGCUCUGAAGCCCAAGAAGAAGAAGAACAUUUCCCAUGAUGCUUUUGGCACCAAGUUUGGCCGAGUGCACAUGCAGAAGCAGGAUCUAUCGAAACUGCAGACGCGCAAGAUGAAGGGCCUGAGGAAGAGGAAAGUCGAGACAGUCACAGGGGAGGAGGGUGCAGGAACACCCAAAGUGUCAAAGGUAGAGCGCUGAGGUCGGCGCCGGGCCGAGAGUGCCAUUUGAGCUUGCUGUGCGAGCAUCGACCACGCUGUGAGACUGUUUGAGGAGCAGACAUGUCGCCGCCAAGAAAGCAGCAUCUACUUUAAUGAAUGUAAAAAUUCUUCAGUUUGGUCUUUUUCUUAACCUGCAGAGACUCGAUGGUAAACAGGAGGAAUGUGAAGAACUGUUCAGAGUGUUUUGUGUAAAAUCAACCAAAAUACACUCAUGUUAAAUGAAAUAAAACUUCUGAAGAGCU